AUGGAACAAUAUAGAUUAUCAUGGAUAAGGAGAAAUCAAGGCAGGCUUCGCUCUGAUUUAUACAGUGGACUCCAAGAUGCAAUCAGGGCUGGAGAUGUCAAUGCUACUGAUGUAGGUCGAUUAUUCAUAUUACCAUCAUCCUUCACACAAAGCCCCCGUAAUAUGGCCCAUCAUUAUCAAGAUGCUACGGCAAUUGUUCGCGUUUUGGUUCCACCUGAUUUAUUUAUAACUUUCACUUGCAAUUCAAACUGGCCUGAGAUUGUAAAUGAGAAAUCUACACGUGGAAGUUGUCGCACUGAAGAUAGACCAGACAUUGUAGCACGUGUUUUCAAGAUCAAAUUGAAACAAAUGCUUCGCAAUUUGAAGGAUAACAAGAAGUUUGGAAAAGUCAUUGCUAAUUUUUAUGUCAUUGAAUUUCAAAAUCGCAGACUUCCACAUGCGCAUAUUCUCAUAACAUUGGCUCCAGAAGAUAAGCCUAAGUGUCCAGAUGAUAUCGAUGUAAUUAUUUCUGCGGAAAUCCCUGACAAGGAUACAGAUCCUUUGGCAUUUGAAACAAUUACCAAGAACAUGCUCCAUGGACCAUGUGGGCCAUGUUUAAUCGAUGGAAAGUGUUCAAAGCAUUUUCCGAAGAAAUUUUGUGCUGAAACCACAUUUCAUGAUAAUGGCUUUGUGCAGUAUAGACGUAGACAAAAUAGAGAGCCUAUCAUUGUUAAUGGAAGGGCGGUAGAUAAUCGUUGGGUGGUACCAUAUAACAGAGAUCUAUGUGUUAAGUACAAUGCACACAAUAAUGUUGAGCGUGUUUCUGCGAAAGUGUGGUAA